ACUCCGGACAGUAGUUGCUGGGGGACCGGGAAAAGUGCUUCCGCUUUGUUAACGGUGGUGGCAUGGAGCGCGGUGGUACGUCCGAGUCGGAAUCUGAGUCCCUGUCAGACUUGGAGGGGUCGGAUUUGUCCGACUUGGAGCUUCAAGAAGCUUUUUCCAAGGGUUUACUCAAGCCUGGCUUGAAUGUAGUUGAGGAGACAGAGAAGCAAUGUGUCAACAAUGUGGUGGGCUUGAAACAAUGCUUAGAAGACUUCAAGAAAGACCUGAAGUGGGUGGAAAGACUGGACAUGACAAAUGGCCCAGCUGCUGACAUCAUAGCAAAGGCUGAAGGGAAAGCUGUGGGACAGGAAAACUCAAAUAUUGACCCAGAAGAUGACUUUCAGCGUGAAGUGUUCUUUUAUCGACAGGCACAAGCAACUACAUUGAGUGCAUUGCCUCGAUUACAGCGACUGAAAAUUGCAACAAAAAGACCAAGUGACUAUUUUGCUGAGAUGGCCAAGUCAGACCAACAAAUGCAGAAGAUUCGAGAAAAAAUGUUAUCAAAGCAGACAGCAAUGGAGAAGUCUGAAAAGGCGAAGCAGCUCAGAGCAUUACGAAAAUAUGGAAAAAAGGUUCAAGUAGAAGUUAUACAGAAGCGCCAAAAGGAAAAGAAAGCCAUGAUGACUGCAGUGAAAAAGUACCAGAAAGGACUUUCUGAUAAACUAGAUUUCCUUGAGGGUGAUAAGGCUUCUUCAACAUCAAAGAAAGAAGGUGGUGGAGGAUCUGCACAGCAGCAAAGGAAAAUGAAUGCAAAAAGGAAAUAUAAAAAUGAAAAGUUUGGUUUUGGAGGAAGGAAAAAGGGUUUAAAGAGGAACACCAAAGAAAGCUACGAUGAUGUCUCCAGCUUCAAAGCAAAAAUUGCACAUUCAAAAAAUGACCGCUUUGGAAAAGGAGGAAAGAAACAUGCUAAUAAGCGGCCUGGCAAAAGGAAUCGACAGAAGAUGAAAAACAGGUCACGAAAUUAAACUGAAAAUGGAUAUGUUUUCAUGUCUAGUUUUCCCGCAGUGUGGGAUUUAAUGAACUUGGCUUUCCUCAUUUGUAUAUGUACAUUGAUGCUUACCUAAGGACAUUGAUACCAAUAGAAAUGAAUUCUACUUUUGAAUAAAAAAACCUUUGGAUUUGGUUAGAAUCAAGGUCCAGAAAAUGAUUAUUAACUGCAAACCAAAAUAAAUUUAUAAUAACUAUAAAUUGUGAUUUAUAGUUUUUGACUUUUGGCUUAAAGGUAAAUUGCACCAUUUAGUUAUUGCUAGAUAUUUGAUUAAUUUCCAAAAUUUAAUAAAUGAAAGAUUAAUGAUUUACUAAUAUUGGAUCCUGUAUAUAUCUAUAACCAUGGAGCAUUUGAACAAUGGAAAAUUAAAUCAAUUCAGUUUAUCUUGCAUAACAACACAUUUCAACUUUAUUAGAUGUAUUUAAUGACUGCUUUAUGCUUGAAUUGUGAAGCACUGUUACGAUGACAAUUUAUAUUUGGCAAAUUUAAAUCUCUGUCAACACUUUUGUAUAAAAUCAAAAACUAUUCUGGUUGACUGUAAGGUAACUAGAAAAAAUUGCAAUAGUAUUUUUACUCUAUUGCAAUUGAUGCCAUAAUUCCACAAUUUAUGCAUCUAUUAGAUUGAACAAGAACAGUAUCCAUGAUGGUGGUGUCAUCUUGAGGUGACUAUUCAGGUCAUAAGAUAUUAGUGGUUUUAAUUUCUAUUCUCCUCAAGACAGUUAGGAGGAAACUUUUUUCCUAACGAAGUUCUUGACAGAAAGCUCUUUAUGCUAAUUACUAAAAGUUCUGGAAGUGCUAUUAGAAAGGUAAGAAAUUGCCAUGCAGGAAAAAAUAAUAUUGAAACAAUUCUCAUGGCACAGAAGGUAAUACUCCUAAACAGGAGUGAAUGUAAAUUAUGCUUUGCUGUUCUAUUAAUUUUUAGAGGGGUUUUUGUGAUGCUGUGGCAAAAUCAGCUAGCUGGUUAUUAACUUCAUUAAAACUCUCCCAACUGUUAAUCACAUGGGGAAAAUGUCAUGUGUUAAGUCAGUUAAUCUAAAUGGAAAGGAAAUUCGAUUUAGCCAAUGACUUACUGGUAAUUUUAGAGGAUCAUGUCUUUGUGUCAAGUGUGGUGAAUUUGAGAGUUGUGAAAGUACCAAAGUUUAUGUUUGAAUCUGGAUCUCUAAGCAAAGAUGUUUUCCCAAAAAUAAUUUUUCUGAAUUUGCAAAUAUAUACAGUACAGCCCCAUACUCUAGAUGACAUUCCACUUAUGCUCUUUACAUCAGCCUGACACCAAUUUUUUUUUACAUGUGCUCUUAUGCUUAUUCAGACCCCUGUGUGCAGUGGUGAGGGGUCUUAAACUGGUCUUUCCCCUUAGAGCACUUGUGUUACCUACACAGACUGUGUGUGUAAAUUAGCAUGAAGCUCUGGACUUUGAGAUGUGUCAAUCUGUAACAGUGAUCAACUCUUUGGUACUGGAAGAUCAGAGUGGGUCUGAUGGAGUAAAUCCUUCAGAUUUGAGAUGAACCUUGACAAAAACCACUGCAUUUCCUACCAGAUCCUGGAAAGUGAACAUUCCAGUUUGGAUGCAAGUCUCAAUCUCCCACAAGCAAAGUUGACCUGAGUGUACCAUGUGGUGAAAAUACUCUCACAAUGCAUGAAUAAUCUGACAAGCAGAGUCCUACUACCACCAAUCAAACAAGGUUCUGCUGUUUAUUUGCAGUCAGUUUUGACCAUCAUCUUGCAGGAUCAUGAAAACAUUCAGUAUAUUUUAAAAAAAACUCUAUAGUGGCCUUUCAGUAAGGGGAAGGAAGUGUAAUAUGGUCCAACUGACUGGAAAAUUCCAGCCCCAUCCUUAAGAACAGUAGUAGUACUAAAGCAUCCAGUGAUAAUCGGACUUGGAUUACCUAUGAUCUUUAAAUAGUUUGACACAGCCACACGCAAAAGUUGAAGACCAUGUUGAUUGGAUUUCUCAGUCAUUUGCAGGAAUUUUAUUCAUUGCCUCUGUAUAAGCACAAUCUAUCUUCUUUCUCCAAAGAAAAAAAACUGAUUACUGCUGCAGCAUGGCAGCCAGAAAUGGAAGUACAGCUACACAGUUUUUAGAAACAGUGCGAGCAUCUUGUAUCCCAACAUUCAAGAUUGUUUAUUGUCAUCCUACCUGAAUGUAAAAGAGAAUGAAAUGAUUGUUAUUGUGGAUGCAUGCAGCAAUAGAAAACACAGUAAGCAUAAAGAACACAGUAAAAACAUGACCAACUGGGAGGGAGUAUCGUUCCCACAGUACCAUUUUCUGCUUUAUCCUGGCCAAACACUCCAACCUUGUAUAUGCCAUAGUCAUGUUCCUUGGCACUUUAAAUAAUUGGACAGAACAGCAGAAAGAGGUGAAACAGAAAUUAGACCAGAUGGCAUAGAACAUGGCCUUGCUCUUGCUGCCAUUAUCUCUGGAACCAGCGACCAGUUUGCAAUGGCCAUAGUUCCUCAGCAGUUGCAGACCAAUUGUGAAUCUGAUGGAAAGAUAACAACAGGAGUUAACUGCCUGGGUUCAUCACCCCUUUUAUAUUCAAUAUCCUACCUGAGAGUCUAGACAACCAAUAGGACAUUUGAUUUGUUCAGAUUUGAUUGGGAAGCUUUGUUUCCCAUUUAAGUAGAAUUGUGCUCCUGAUGUCUGUGUAGAGCUGUCAUAUUCAAUUAUGAAUUUCUUACUAAGCCCAUUUUGGAAAGCAUAUCCAUUAGUUUCUAGGACAAUAUUCUGUCAAAGAUCCCCUGAUCAAGCUGACCAAGUGUCUACUCCAUUGUCCCACAUGGAAGCAGAUAUUUGAUCCCAGUGAAUCACCAGGGCAGUCUUUGCUUGAGUGGACAGAAUCCUGUGCUUUAUAUCAAGUGAGGUGUGUUUCCAUUGGGUAGGGUUUCCUCCCACUCUGUUUACUACAUGUAGAAAAAGGCGAUGUUGUCGAUUAAAAGCAAAGUAGUGUAUAGUUUAAGCAACACCCAAAAAGCUGGUGGAACACAGCAGGCCAGGCAGCAUUCUGUGUGUGUUGCUUGAAUUUCCAGCAUCUGCAGAUUUUCUCGUAGUGUGUAGUUUAGCAGGUUUGGGCCUUAAACACAUGCCAUGGCUUCCAAGGAUAUUCAUCUGGAAACACACCAACCUAGACAACCUACUGAGUUGCGAGGCAGAUUAUUCCAUUUUUGUUCAACUAAAACCUUGACUCCAAGUAAAGUAAAUUUUGAAAGGCUAUGUUACAAAAUUACCUUGCGCUGUCUGAAGGAUUUCUGUGAAAACCUUUUGGAAGAAGUAAGGUUAUGCCUCAAUUUGUAGUGGGCACAUUUCCUUCUGGAUUUCACUUUCUAAAUGCAUUUGAGAGUGAAGAAUUGUGAUGUUCAUCCUAAUGCAUCUCAGUAUUAGAUUGGGAAAUUAAAGCACUCAUCAAAUUCCCCAGUUUUACUUGUUUCAUGUUCAACUUCCAUUUUCCCCUGUUGGCCUUUUAAUCUUCCUGCAGAUAACUUGAGCCAUCAAUGAUCAGAGAACACUGGUGUGAUAUCAGUGGAUUGAUCCUGAGUGAUUGGAUCUGAAAAGGGUAGUUAGUUUAUCCUGGACUGAACCUGACCAGGUAAUUUUCUGUAGCUUCUGGGUUUGCAGUACAUCCAUGGAGAACAGACUUAGAUUCUCCAGUAGCCUUCUAAGGAAAUGCUCCAACCAAGGCAACAUCCUGGCGAAUCUCUUCUGUACCCUUGUCAGUGCCAUACCUAGUGACCAGAACUGCAGGCAGCUUUCCUGCUGAGGUCCGACCAAGGUUUUAUACUAUCGGCAUUAUCUCCUUUCUAUUGUAGAUUAUUUCCUGACUAAAGGAGGCCAAUAUCCCACAUGUCGUGGAUCUGGGCUACGUUGCACAAGGACACAAGAAAACUGAAGCAGGAGGAAGCCACUUGGCCCCUCAAGCCAGUCCUUCAGUUUGAUAUGAUCAUGACUUACUUGUGCUGGCCUCAGUUCUUCUCUGCUCUAUGCUAAUUCCCCAUAAAGCUCAAUUCCUUGAUCCUUCAAAUAUUGUUCUAUCUUCACCCUCAACAUUUCUAAUGAUCUCACCAACACCACCUUGGAGGGAGAGAUUCACUACCCUCUGUGCACUGAAGAUCCAUGAUAUACACAUUGCAAGAGUGUUUUCCUCCAUGCAAAUCUUCAGUAGAGGAGAGAUUAGUCCUGUCUAUUGGGGUGUCCGGGCACCUGUUACUGCCUCGACACCUUGAAUUCAGUUUGCACACACAAAAUGUUGGAGGAACUCAGUAGUCCAGGCAGCAUCUAUGAAAAAGAAUACAGUCAACGUUUCAUGCUGAGACUCUUCAGUAGGGUCCUACUGAAGGGUCUCAGCCCAAAGCAUCAACUGUAAUCUUCCACAGGUGCUGCCUGGCCUGCUGAGGUCUUCCAGCAUUUUGUUGCUUGGAUUUCCAGCAUCUGCAAAAUUUCUUUUGUUUGUGAUUGAACUCAGAUUCCUUUGAAUCUGUGAGGUUUCCUCUUUCUUCCGUGUCAACCACCCUGUCCUAGGCACUGUUUUGCUGUACAUAUUCUGGUGAUGGCCGUGGGUAAUGUACAUUCCUCUGUGCUGUCAGUGUCUCACACCCUCCUGUUCAUUGAGAUACCUCUCAGCAGGGUAGUGGCAGAGGCUAGAGUUCUGUUUUGGAGUAGCUAUGAUUACUGCUCUUCUUUUGUGUUUCCUUUUAUCUUGCUGUCUAGGGAGGGCAGCAAAUGUGUUUUUGGGAGGCUUUGCAGAAGUAAUCCACAUACCUAUUCAAGUUGUAGCAUUUGACUUUCUGGUCAUUCAGUGUCAGAUGGUACUUCAUCCUGCGUCUUAGAUGAUUACAAAGUUUUGUUUAUGCCUAGAUUUUCAUAGGUUCAAUGCAUUUAUAUUGUCUCUAGUUUACCAUGCCUCAUGAAAAUUGUGAGGUAGAUGAUAUUUCCAUCUUCAUGUGCCCUCAGUUUCAUCUUGAUAAUUAUUUUAUUGUCCCAGAUAUCAUGCAUGUCUUCAAUGCCUGUGGUCUUUUCUGUCCUGUAUUUGUAUCUUCUCAGGAAUGUGAGCAUAAUGACAACUGGGACAAGUAGGCUAAAUUAUAUUAAUUUAAUAGAUUAAGUUAUCUGCAUUUGCUCCUUGGCCCAUUGGAAUGGGAAGACAUAUCCUAGAGUGAGGACCAACGUAGACAUUCUUUUCCUCUCACUUUGGAUCUGGUUCAUCAGCUUCAGAUAUCCUUCAAAUUCCCUAAAAGUAGGUACAACACACACAAAAUGCUGCCUGGCUUGCUAAGUUCCUCUAGCAUUUUGUGUGUGUUGCUCGGAUUUCCAGCACUUGCAGAUUUUCUCUUGCUUGUGCCCUAAAAGUAGAUAUCCACUCUGAGGAAAAUCUUCAGGUUUGGAACACUUUGUCCAAAAACUCCCUCACUAAAAGUUCUUCACUCACGUACCACAUUCUGUUUGGAGUACUUCAUAUGUAGCUACAUGGUGUACCUUAAAGUGAAGUUCUCUGUGUCUUCGUUAAGGACCCUGCAACUUUGCCAGUAUGAGUCAUUGCUAUUUCACAAGUCAGUUCUUGUCAUCUUUCUGGGUAAGCCUGCCAAAGUAUGUUGCACUUGUGCUGUGGACUUGUAGUUACUUGGAGAGAUAAAAGAGCAAGUUUGCUUAUUUUUGUAGAAGUGAUGUGUUGUAAAAGAACAACUGUUCUUUUCUAACCCUAGUAGGUCCUGGUUAGUUAAGUUUAGUCUGAGUAAUGUUUAACUUUGUACCCCAGGCUAUUGUAAUUAUAUAAGAUUGGCAGUUGAAAUCAUUUGGAAGUCUUCAGUGACUUUUAGUUUGAAUUAAAUAUCGGGUGGUAUGAUGGUGUAGUGGUUAGCAUAAUGCUGUCAGAACACCAACAAUCACCAAUCCAGGAUCAGUUCCUGACAUUGGGGGUUCUCCCCAUGACCAGAUGGGUUUCCUUCAAGAGCUCUUGAUUUCCUCUCAAAUUCCAAAGACCUGCGGUCAGGAUUAGAGGGUUGUGGGCAUGCUACGUUGGCACCAGAAGCAUAUUGAUACAUGCAGGCUACCCAGCACAAUCUUCGCUGAGUUGAUUUGAUGCCAACACACAAUUCACUGUAUGCUAAGGAUGUUCCAAUGUACAUGGGACAAGCUUUUUCUUGUGAGAGCUAAGUAAUAUUGAGGAAAUACAUCAAUGCAUCACUGUUACCUCAUGAAUAAAAAUGUUAUAGAGAAAUUUUUAUAUGAAUACAAGUGGUUGGCUCAAAUUGGGUGAUUGUGUUUGAAGAAUAAGCUGACUGAGCAAUAGUUCAAUUGCAGAGCAAAAUGGGACUUGGAAACCCACACACACAUUGAGAUGAGGCUCCACACACAGGAAAUCUCUGCCUCCACCUUCCUCUCUUCUGUAGGUUCAUUAGUAAAACCUUUCUCUUUGAAAUGCUCUUGGCAUUUACUAACUUUUCCUUUAUCUUGCCAUCUACUUUUGUCUGAUUAUUCUUUUGUGUGGAAUCUUCGUAUGUUUUCUUUUUAAAGGAGCAAUACAAAUGCAAUUGGUGCUGUUGAACGAUGUGGAAUGGAAGAGCAAUUCAUCGUUAAUUAGAAAACCAGUGAGAAAAUAGAAAGUUUCAGCAUGAAACAAGCUGGUUACAGAAGCAUAUUGCUAAACAUGUAUCGCAUAGAGAAACCAUAUUUAUGCAAGCUAUCAAAUACUCUCAAAGAUGAACUUGAAUUUUUGGUUAAAUAUAACUAUAGUAUAUUUCUAUGAGUUAUGGAACAGAUUUUCUGUUUUCUUCCCAUGUUUCCCAAGUAGAAGCAUUUGUUUAUGUUGCCAGCUGUACAAAGAAAACAGCCCUUUCAGUUCAAAAUACAUUAUAAACAAUCUUGCACUUAACUUCAGUAAGACCAAGGAAUUGAUUGUGUACUUCAGGAAGGGGUAGGGAAAGGAAUGUGCACCAGUCCUCAUCGAGGGAUCAGAACUGGAAAGGGUGAGCAGUUUCAAGUUCCUGGGUGUCAACAUCUCUGAAAAUCUAUCCUGGGCCCAACAGAGUGAUGCAGGUACAAAGAAGGCAUAACGGUGGCAGUGCUUCACGUGGAGUUUAAGGUAACUUGGUAUGUCACCAAGGACUCUCGCAAAUAUCUACUGUGCAGAGCAUUCCAACUGGUUGCAUCACUGUCCGCUAUGAAAGGGCCACUGCAUAGGAUCGGAAGAAGCUGCAGAGAGUUGUAAACUCAGCCAGAUCCACCACAGACAAAGACUUUCCAGCAUCACGGACACCUUAAAAAGGCAAUGCCUGAAAAAGGUGGCAUCCAUCAUUAAGGACCCCCAUCAGCCAGGACAUGCCCUCUUCUCAUUGCUACCAUCAAGGGGAGGUACAGAAGCCUUAAAACACAUGCUCAACACAUCAGGAGCAGCUUCUUCCUCUCCACCAUCAGAUUUCUGAAUGGACAUAAACACUACCUCACUAUUUUUCCUCUUUUUUGCAGUACUCAGAUAUUGACACCCAGGAACUUGAUAUAGCAUAUUCUCACCACUUCUGAUCCCUCUAUGAGGAUUGGUUUGUGCAUCCUCAUCUUGCCCUUCCUGAAGUUCACAAUCAGCUCUUUGGACUUGCUGACGUUGAGUGCAAGGUUGUUGCUGCGACACCACAAAACUAACUGGUAUAUCUCAAUCAUGUGCACCCUUUCACCACCAUCUGAACUUCUACCAACAAUGGCUGUAUCAUCAGCAAAUAUAUGGAUGGCAUUUGAGCUGUGCCUAGUCACACAACCAUGGACACAACUUACUGAUGCAGUUAUAAAGAAAGGGAUUUGAGGAGAUUUAGUUUGUUAACUAAAACACUCAAAAUCUUCUACAAGUGUACUGUGGAGAGCAUUUUGACUGGCUGCAUCACUGUCCGGUAUUUGGGGGGGGGGGGGUUGCUGCUGCACAAGAUCAAAGUAAGUUGCACAAACUUGUACAAUUACUCAGCUCCAUCAUGGUACUAUCCUCCAUAGAUUCCAAGAGGUCUUCAAAGAGCGGUAUCUAAGGAAGGCAGUAUCCAUCAUUAAUCAUUCCCACCACCCAAAACACACCCUCUUCACGUUGUUACCAUCGGGAAAGAAGUACUGAAGCCGAAGGCACAUACUCAGUGAUUCGGGAACAGAUUCUUGCCCUCAGCCAUUCAAUUUCUAUAUGGACAUUGAACACAUGAACACUACAUCACUACUUCUUUUUAUUUCCUUUUUUUUGCAUUACUUAUUUUAACUUCCCUAUUUAAUAGUCAUUUUUUCUGUAUAUUUAUCAUGUAUUUCAUUCUACUGCUGCUGUAAAGUUAAUAAAUUUCACAACAUGUGCUGGUGAUAAU